AUGGAGCACUGGAGGACUAAGCUGCACAACAAGGUUCGCGGCAAUGGGUGGCAACCGCCCGUUUACGACUUCAAGGCGUUUGGGCCUUCCCAUGCCCCUAUGUGGUUAUGCAUCGUACGGCUCCAGGGUGCCGAAUACGGCCGCGGUGACGCGCCGACAAAGGGGGCUGCUGCCGAGAUAGCAGCCCAGCGAGCCUUCCAGGAGCUCUUGCACAUGGGAUUGUGA